AUAAAUUGUUUGCCAUCUUAUCAGUAACCUAAAUUUUCAGGAAAUUCUCUACUCUACUGUACUUCACCAUGUGUCUACGCCCUCUCCUCCUCCUCUUCCUCCUCCUUCACCGCUCCUCCGCCGCCGCACUGCCGCCGCGGAGCCGCCACUUUUACUUCUCCGAUUACUCAUGGAGCGCCGCGCAGCAGCCAUCGCCGGAGUCAAUCGAAGUCUCACGCCCUCUCCCCUUCGAUUCGCUCAUUCCUUCAUGCACGCUUCCUCUUCUCUCCCACAGCUUCGGCAACACCGUCGGCCUCCCCGCCACCGUCGCCGACUACUCCCCUCCUACUGACUGCACCUGGUCGCGCGCGGUUCUGCAACUCUCAGCUUCCUGUAACGGCUCGCAGUCGGACCAGAUUGCCGCCGUCUGGCUCUCCGGCGCGGAGCUCCUCCGUACCAGCACGCCUAACCCUACGUCGGACGGAAUAUUCUGGAAUGUACGAAAGGAUGUUUCUAGAUACUCCUCUCUCCUCCAGAAAUCAAACAUUAGCUUGGCGGUUAUGCUCGAGAACGCCGUUAACGGCGUUAAUGACGGCGUUUACCUGCUGAAUCUCACUUUUAUGUACUAUAACGGUGCCGGAAUUAGUAACGCCGAUGAUACCUUCGAUUUUCCGAUGUCUAUGGAGGUUUCGAAUUUGGAGGAUGCCUUCAGUUUGAACGAAAAUCCAGCGGAUUUGAUUGUUCCUAUCUCCGCAAGUGGAGGCGAAGGAUUUUGGUUCAAAAUUGAGAGUGAAUCCGACGCCAUUAACGAACAGAUUCAAGUUCCUGCAAACACAUACAGAGCUGUGAUCGAGAUUUACGUUUCCUUCCACGGAAACGACGAGUCCUGGUACUCAAAUCCGCCCAAUUCCUACAUCGCGAAGAAUCAUUUGCUCACAGAAAGGGGAAACGGAGCCUACCGCGAAAUCGAGGUGAAGAUCGACGGUUUCUCCGUCGGAUCAGUGAUUCCAUUGCCGGUGAUAUAUUCCGGAGGGAUCAAUCCUUUCUUCUGGAAGCCUCUGGCUCCGAUCGGCGCAUUCGAUCUGCCUUCAUACCAGCUCGAACUAACUCCAAUCCUCAGCAAAUUGCUCGAUUCGAGGAGCCACACGUUCCAGAUUCAGGUAACCGACGCGAUUUCGUAUUGGCUAGUGGAUGCAAAUCUGCAUCUAUGGCAGGAUCAUAAGUCGACAAAUGUUCUCGCUGGCGGAAUCAGGUACAGAAAUCCUAAAACUCGAGUGCAACGCAGCGAGCAGUUCCGAUGGCUGGACGGCAGGGCGGUGGUGCAGAGCAACAGGCUGUGUGAGUUCAAAGGCUGGGUGUCGUACAGCGGCGGCAAUUUCACGGCAGCGGUGGAGCACAAACUGGUGGUGGACAACACGGUGGAGUUCAACCGCCAGGGGAAGGAGAAGCUGCUGAAAGUGCAGGUGGAAAUGAGGACAAUAACCAAAGGGAAAUUUCAGAGUAUGGAAAGCUCAAACAUGGAGGCAGAGGCAAAGUAUUAUCUCCGUUCAGUAACAAGCGAAUUUCCGGCGACAAUGGCGAGGCUGGAGAAUCGGGUGGAGGGGAGGAAGGUGAGGGGGCAGUGGUCGAAGGAUUAUGACAACAUGCAGCAAUGCAGAGGGGCGGCGUCGGGGCCGGCGACGACUUAUCAUAGGUAUGAAGAGAGGGAUCGGGCGGGAUGCUACCGGCGCCGGGUUUAUGCGAGAGAUGGGUCGAUCGCGAGCGAUACGACGACGAAUCCCUGUGGAGGUUCUGCAGCUGUUUGAUUAGGUUUCCAUGGCGUUUUCAUGGAGGUUUGUGUGUGUUUGAAGGUGCAUUAGAGGGCUUGGUGAUGGAUGUUUGAUUUGUUCUACUUGUGGGUCUUAUGUUUGUAUGGAGUAAUAAUCUCUCCAUCUCCACCUUCCUCUUGUAAAAUUAUGCAUAAUAAUAGUAACAUUUUAAUGUUAAA